CUUCUCCCUGAAGCACCUUCUUGCUGACAUUUUACUUGUCGCGUAGGGAAAAUCGGCGCACCAGAUACGGUACCGUAAUCUUUAACACGGAAAAGGAAAAUGGCUUCAAGAGGGAAAACGGUGGCUGGAACUGAUGGUACAGAUCAUACAUUUCGGGAAAAAGUUGCUUCUCAGUAUCGUGAAAGUGCAAAAUUGAAAAGAAACCUUCGAACAAUGUUCAUGCUGUUAACAAUCCCACUUGCAAUGCUGGCGAUUCAUGUUUCAAAAUUAAAUGACAAUAUCAAACUUACAAAUCAGGUUUUGCCAAAACCUGAACCUUGGGAAUAUGUUUACCUUGUAAGUGGGAUCUUCAAUCUAAUUGGUUAUUCAUCGCUGUCAAGAAACAACACUCAGAGACUGACAAUAUAUUUCUACGGAACAGCAAUGGCUGCUUUUGGCGGAAUAGUUUGGGGCGCAGUCGCUCAUGCACGAGAAGUAGAAGCUUUCGUUAUGAGAGGCCAAGUGAAGGCGUUCCUAUUCCGCCAGCCUUUGGUCAUUUUGACUUAUUUAUUCCUAGCUUUGUCAAUGCAAUUGAAUAUUUUUGCUAUUAAUUAUGCAAGAAGUUUGCUCAAGGCGUGGAAAGCUAAAGGAUUUAAGACUGAUUAAAUUUUUUGUCUAUCAUGUACUUUUGCAAUCAUAUGUGUUUUAUUGAGCUGCCUGUGUUAGAGUUUUGCAUGCUUAGAUUGUUAAAAAGUCAUUUCGCUUGCAAUUUGAAUCUUCUUGCAGUGGGGUGGGUGAUAAUGAAAAUUUCAAAAUCCUCAUCUAUUUAAAUAUGGACUAAUUUUGAUCCAACUGAAAGGCUGAAUUGAAAUCUUUGUCAUCUCCAACUCCAGCCCGGAUCUUAAUAUCACAUACAGCUAUAGAAAAUCACUCUAUUUCAUUGGAAACCCUUGUGGAUCAUUGGUUGGUGAGAACAUAGCUUGUUAUGGGACGAAUAAAUUUUAACCUAUUGGA